GGAUUUGGGGUCAUGUUACAGUCACGCGUUUCCCGUUUGCCGCCCAGACAACUCCUGGACUUUGUAGUUCUGAUCAUCCCGCCGGCACAUUGAGAAAAGAGGAAGGGGGCAAGUCGGGAACUACAAAAGGGCAAACCGUGACGCGCAGCCGCAGAACGUUUGAAAGGGGGGUCGAAAAAGCGCAUCCUGAAUGAUUUCUGGAUCUCUGAAGUUGUCGACGGAAGCGAGAGGAGAUAAGAAGUUCUUGCGGAAAGACGCAGGAUUUCAAAAUGACAGAAAGAGCAAAUAACUUUCCUCCCCUGCCUAAAUUUCUAAGAAUAAAACCAUGCUUCUACCAGAAGAUUGAUGAAGAAAUUCCUGCUCAGUACCAGCAACUGGUGCACAGAGUGUUCACGCUGUGGAUAAUGUACUCAGGGACGCUUUUUCUAAACGUGAUUUCAUGCAUUGCUUGGUGGGCAGGAGGUGGAGGGGCCACUAACUUUGGCUUCUCCUUGCUUUGGCUCAUCCUCUUCAGCCCCUGUAGUUACACCUGCUGGUUCAGACCUCUCUACAAAGCUUUCAGGGCUGAUAGCUCCUUCAACUUCAUGGCCUUCUUCUUCAUCUUUUUCCUCCAGUGUGUGUUGGCUCUUAUUCAGACUUUAGGUAUCUCUGGCUGGGGAACAUGCGGCUGGAUUGCCACAGUGAUGUUUUUCAGCACCAAUGUGGGCUCCGCUAUAGUGAUGCUUAUCACGGCUCUGCUCUUCACUCUGGUGACUCUUUUAAUGGUAUUGGUUCUCAUCAAGGUGCACAGAUUGUACCGGGGUGGCGGCGGCAGCCUGGAGCGCGCUCAGGAAGAGUGGAGCACUGGUCUGUGGAAAAACGCUCCGGUGAGGGAAGCUGGACUCAAUGCUGUUGCUCACACAGCACAAGGCCCCAGUUUGCCCGAGUACCCCGCUUCUGUACCAAGUUACCCUGACAACAGCAACUGGUAAUGGCUGAGAAUCACCCCUAGAUGGCGACGGGUGAUCAGCCAUUUACACUGUGCUUGAAGAAGCAGUGAUGGGUGUGUCUUAAAUAAGAGAACUAAAGCAGUUAUAGUAGGUUCUCUUCCAGAGUUCAUUAGAAAAAAAAUGCCAUUCCAUUUCAACUUUGUUUACAAAAAGUUUAUAAGAAUGGAUGAGUACAGUUCUCUGGUUGAAGAACUGAUUUAUUUAGGAAGUUUUUUGGAUAAUAAUUGGAUUUUCAAAUAGGAGAGUGAACCAUUACAUAGGUGUGUAUAGAGCAUGUGCCUUAUGGAACUCAAAGAUCUGAAUUCUUGGUGUGGUCAUGAAUUUUUUUGUAUAAAAUCACCUCCAUGCUGCAUGGUUUCUGUAUGGUGCAGCUGUUUGCUUCUAUUCCAGCUUUAUUUUUGAUAUUCACCUAUAUGUUUUAAUACGACCCACACAUUAUGCAUGGGAAAAAUGUCUUGCCUUAACAAAUGCAGCUUUUUUUGUUUUUUUUUAGUGAAAUCCGAUAUAUGCUUCAGUGAAGCAACUAUUCUUUAUUUUACUGAUGUGCCAAAACACACCUCUUUCUAUUUUGAUACUGGAGAAGGUCACACCCAAAGUAGGCUGUGUGCUUUAGUGCUUUAUUCUCCUAUUUUUUUGUUUUUCUGGAGCUUCUUUGUUUGGCUUUGAGCAGUCUGAGAAAUCCCAUCGACUGCUCUUAGUGUUGUUACUAUCUCUGCAUGUAGGGUUUUUUAUGUGGGGCAUGACUCGCCUGUCAAAGCUUGUAUGAAGUUUAAACUCUAACUAAGAGAAAAUAAGUGUGCAUUACCUAUUGUUACUAAAGUGUCUUCUGUGGCUGACUGCCAAAUUUAAUAUCACAUUUGUCUGUCAUUUUACCAUUGACACAAACCAACACUAAUGUGACAUUUAAAUACUAUUGCAAGAUUUCAAUAAACAUUGUUGUUCACAUCA